GAAGUGCACCACUCAUUUGCAUCAAAACCAUGUUUACUCCACUAAUUACGUGACAAUUAUCUCUCUAAUCCACUAAUCCCCCCCAAAAAUUCUCCCUUCUCGACUAAUUAAUUCCCCUUUUGUUCUCAAUCUCUCCUCCACUAUCAUCAUCAUUAUUUCACUCUCUCCUCACACAAUGAUCACGACAUAAUAAAAACACCAAUCUCCGCCACCGUUACCUCACCGCCACCGCAGCACCACCAGUUUCUUUUCCUAUCUACCUACCAAUCCACCACCAUGGAUCCAAAUCCAACAAACUUCCCCAUCCUCUCCUACGUGAUGGCCCGCGUCCCAUCCAUCGCCUCCCUCCGCUCCCCCACCGCUCCCUCCCACGACAUCGAACAACCACCUCUCUCCUCCCCCACCGCCGCCUCCACCUCCGAAACCCCCUUCCAUGACCCUCUCGUCGAUACCAUGCCUCACCUCAAGGACCCCAAAGUCAUGGCUGCCAUGGCUGAAGCCGUCUCCGAGAUCUCCCAAACCCGGUCCAUCCUCACCGCCCUCGGCGAACGCCCUGAUCAUGAAUCAAUUGACAUCGCCAAAUCGAAAGUCGCCGAAAUUGAAGCCGCUCUCUCCUCCCAGCUUGAGGAGAUCGCGCUCUCCCCCCGCCCCUCUGAAGGCGACAGCGACCGUGAAAAGGCGGAGAGGGAAAAGAUGAUGUAUAAGGCUGUAAUUCAGCUUGAUGAGAUGCACGACGCUUAUGAGAAGCUGCUUCGAAGCGCCGAGGAGAAGCUCGUGAAGAUUUAUGAUACUAUUGUUAGAGAGAAAGAAGAUGGUGAUGAUGAGAACGCCAAUAAUGAUGAGAUUAUUGAUGAGAUGAAUGAAGAAGUUGCUGCGAUUUUGAAGGAGGAAGAUGUUGAGAAGGUUGAUUUGUCUGGGCGGAAGUUGAAGAUUCUUCCCGAAGCUUUUGGAAAGCUUCAUCAUCUUAUUGUUCUUAAUUUGUCCAGCAAUCAAUUCCAGUCUAUUCCUGACUCCAUAGCUGGACUGGAAAAUCUUGAAGAGUUUAAUUUGUCCUCCAAUUCUCUGCAAUCACUACCAGACUCCAUUGGUCUGCUGCUUAAAUUAAAGAUCCUCAAUGUUUCUGGCAACAAAUUAACUGCCCUUCCUGAUAGCAUCAGCAACUGCAGGUCACUGGUGGAGUUGGACGCGAGUUUCAACAACCUAGCAUACUUACCAACUAACAUAGGUUUUGAGUUGGUGAACUUGAGAAAGCUAUCAGUUCAAUACAACAAGAUCCGCUCUCUUCCAACUUCUGUUGGUGAGAUGAAAUCUCUUCAACACAUGGAUGUUCACUUCAAUGAACUCCAUGGCCUUCCUCUAACAGUCGGCAACCUGACAAAUCUUCUUACCAUAAAUCUCAGUGGCAAUUUCAGUGAUAUGAAGGAACUUCCCGAAACAUUUGGCGAACUAAUUAAUCUUGAAGAACUAGACUUGAGCAACAACCAGAUUCAUGCUCUUCCAAAUUCAUUUGGUAGGUUAGAAAAACUGGUGAAGCUGAAUUUGGAACAGAAUCCUAUUGUUAUUCCUCCCGUUGAGGUUGUGAAAGACGGGGUUGAAGCCGUGAAGCUUUUCAUGGCUAAAAGAUGGGCUGAUCUUCUUUUGGAGGAAGAAGAAAGGAGCAGGCAAGUGGUACAGGAAGCACAGGAAACUGGAUGGUUGAAACGAAGCGUUUCUAGGAUUAACGAAGUUGUUUCAAAAGCUUCCGAAUAUCUGGGAUCUCCUCGAAGUCCUCAUGACCCGUACCUUGACCAGCCGCUAUAAUCAGUACAUCAACUGAUAUGCUUGUCUUUCUUUUUCCUGUUUUUUUUACGAGCUUUUAAGGAAAUUGCUCAUUUCUGCAACUAUACGACCACCCUGCUUCGCUCUUCCGAAAUUUGGCAUGGGAAGCGAGUCUUGAAUCUUGAUAAGGUUGCCUGUUUGCUUUGUAUUAAACCCUUAUGAGUUUUGAGUUAUUCACUAAGUUUUGCAGAUUAGUGUAGGAUAACAGUUAUGUCUGUUUAAUAAGUAUGAAAAUUGGACUAUGCUUAUUCUUAGCUGCUGUGUGCUACAUGCAGCUAGUAUUUAUUUUAUUACUAUGUUAAACACAAACAUUUUAUCAUUUAUACGUUUAUAGUGUUGGGUUGGUACAAUUUUGUCAAAAAACUAGAGAUUGUAUAACAUCCACAUUAUGGAUUUUAAAGCAUAGUUUUUAUGUAUGUGCUUCAAAUAAAGUAUGCGAUAAAUUCAGUCAUGAAUCCACAUUUGUUUUGGUAAAAUGAAAUACUCAGCACAACCUCGAUUCUUAAUUUCUUAUAUUAAGUUUACCGAAAGUUUGAGGUCUUUGUUUAGUAGUUAAGACUGAGUUAUACAAUAAGUCUCAGACUCGAAUCAACCCUGCGUACUCUAAUAAUCGCAUUCAUAGCACACUUGUAGAUUCGUCCAUUUAAAGUGAAUUUGUGCAUGAGAGACUCUUGUACAUUUAGUAUAUUUUGAUUUCAACAUUUUCUAUUUCUGCCUACAUUUUACACAAAGCAAGCUCCCAUGACUGAUUUUCUAUCUUUCCAUUUCUUAUGGUAUGUCAUUUUCCUUAAAUUGAUGAUAUGCCUUAUUGCCUUACUCAUUAAGUCAUUAUCCAUAUUUGUGAAUUGUGAUUAUUUUCUUCUAUAUAUGCAGCUUAGGCAGCUAGCAUUUCUUUUCUUACAAUAUCAAAGCCAUAACUUUUAUCAUUUAUAGUACUCCGUAUUAGCUUGGCACAAAUAGUCAAAAGUUGAAGACAGUAGGUUUUAAAUCAUACAGAGUAGUUUCUUCCUCUGUUUCACAAUAGAUGUAAUGUUUAGGCUUCUUACACUAUGCAAAUAAUAGUGCAUCUUUCACUAAAGUUCUCAGGGUAGUACCUCUUACAAAUGUGGUCCCGUAAAUGCUUUUUUUUUUUUUUUAAGAUGAAGCCUUUUUCACAACCACACUACGUAUACUUUUUACCUCUACUCUUCUAGUAGGCCCGAGUCUUAGCCUAGUGGAAAGUAUUGCACCUUCCAACCAAAGGGUUAUCGCCAUGCGGAAUUCAGACCCGAUAGGUAAUUUCAUCUUUCCUUCUUAAAAACAAAUUGAAACAAGAAAAUGGGUGGGUUGGUUUGGAUUCUAGCUAGCUAUAAAUUAAAGUGUGUAGUUUGUUCAUCAUCUUCAAUUCCUUCUCACUAAGUAAUUCCCAUCAACUGUUAAGAAUGGAAACAGAAAACAGCUCCAAACCACAAGUUACCCCUUUGAAAUUCUUCAUACUCACCCUUCUUUCAACUCUCUCUCUUUCCAUAUCAAUAUCAUUCCCCACAUACAUCUACAUCGACCUCCUUCAUCUCAUAUACCUUCCCAAACACUUGAGUGACGCCACCGUCGGUCAUUGGGCCUCCGUCUUCUUCGUAUUGCUACUCGCAUUCGUCGGCUUCUAUCCCCCCUUCACCGCCGCCGGCUUACUCUUCCACGCGCAUAUGGCCGAUGUCCACAACAUUAGUGAGGAUGAUGAUGAACUUCUCACCUACAGUUUCAGGGUGAUGUAUCGUUUCUACGUUGGGUUUCUUCUCUGGGUUUACUUCGUUCCUGUUACAGUUGUUAUGUUCGUUUUCAAACACCCUUUACUGCAAUCUUCAUUUGUCUUUACAUUCGGUUUUCUUGGACUUGUCUUCUUCGUGGAGUUUCUGCGCAUGUUAAGCAAUUGUUUUGCAACAACAACAACAACAGCAACAACAACUGAUUACGUAAAUGAGAGUAGUAAGGGUAAUAAGAGUUCAUGGGGUUUGGUAUUUGCUUCUUUGGGCAUAGGAGUUUUCUAUUUCUUGAUCAUUGGCGGGUUUGCCAUUAUAUUGUUGGAACUUCCUGGGAGAUGCUCAGUUUCUGCAAGCAUUUUAACUGGUGUUUUCCUCUUCCUCGUCCUUUUUCAUUUUAAUUAUGGAGUGUUGUCGGUUUUCGUUAAGAUGCUGCCUCUGCCUCAACAACCAUUCAGCAACAACAACAACAUCAGCAACAACAACAAAAACAUCAGCAACAACAACAAAAACAUCAGCAACAACAACAAAAACAGCAGCAACAACAGCAGCAACAACAACAACAACAAAAACAGCAGCAGCAACAACAACAGCAACAGCAACAGCAACAGCAACAACAACAACCUGAACGAGGUCCACGACAACAAGAACAACUUGAAUAUCUAACACAUUGGACGACGUCUGAAAGUCUUACAGAAGUUGGGUUGGUUUAUGGGUGUAGUUAAUUAAUUAAGGUAGUAUUAUCAGAACUGUGUUAUUAGAAGUUGAUUAAAUUAGGAUUAGCUGGACUUUCUAUUUUGGUCAUGUUUAUUACUCCGUAGCAUUUAAUAAUAAUUAUGUACUACUCCAAAAUGCACAAGUGAAUGUAGCUUAAUUAUUGUGAUA